GGAAAUCCUUGUUGGAAAGUUAGUAAAUGUAAUACAAGGGUGAUGACAGACAUGAUGUCAGCGCUAGUGUGUUUGAUCUAAAGAAGUGGACUCAUUAAUGCUGCUCGUCGUGCUCUGUUGGGUAACAUAAUCUCGCAGACCGGUUCCUCUGUCAACUCCCCUGUCACAGUGCAUUUCUGAAUGCUGUUAACUACAGAUCCUGUCACUGUCCUGGAUCUCCCUGCAGCAGAAUGGCCAAAGGAAAGAAAACCAAACAGUCAAAAAACAAGACAAUCACCUUGAAAAUGGCUCAGAACUGCGUGGAGAUGAAACUGGACGGUAAACGUUGUCUGGAUCUCAGUUUCAAGGAGAUCUCAACAGUACCAAAGUGCAUCCAGAAGCUGUGUGACAUGGAGGAACUGGACCUGAGUAGAAACCUGAUCAAAAAGAUCCCGGACUUUAUAGACCACUUCAUCAACGUCUGUGUUUUGGAUCUCCACAGCAACUAUCUGGAGCAGAUCCCUGUGACUAUCGGUCGUCUCCAGAACCUGCAGGUUUUGAACCUGUGCAACAACCGUCUGACAAGCCUCCCUGAUGAGCUCGGCCUGCUGAACAAACUCCACACACUCAACCUGGGUCUCAACCAGCUGGAAGCUCUUCCCGCCUCCAUCGGUGCAUUGAAGGAGCUCCGCCACAUCGGCCUCUCUGACAAUCAAUUCACCCAGGUCCCCCGCUGCCUCUCGAAGCUGGACAAGCUAGAGAAGGUCAACCUGGACAGGAACCCGAUCUUCAGUCAGCAAGCACAGAGCCAAGAGUCACUCAUGAUAUCGGAGAGGCUUUACCUGGUCAAGGAGAGCUUUCUGUGCGAGGAUUGCUUGAACAAGUGCCAAGUGGACAGGAAGAAGAUAGAGGACGUGGAAACAAAGGACGAGCCAAAGUAACUUGACAGAGUAUAUGCAACCUGAGAUCUGAGAUGUAGAGAUCGGUUUCACUUUGAAAACACACUCAUACACAGAAAUUUCAAAUUAUUGUUUAUUACUCUCUUUUAUUUACCUCACUGUUAACUCAAGCAUAAUGAUACAAUUUCACACUGUACUGCACCCACAACUAGCACCAAAGCAAGAGCUGUUGGAGCCUCAUUAAACAUCCAUUUGAUUGUAUGAUGCACUAGCAUAGUUACACACUGACAAAUAUCCAUCUAUAGUUUUAUAAAAAUAAAG